UCCUGGCUGCUGUUUAUGGGUUUUUCCCGCUCCCGCUAGUGUACCUCUUCCAACUCUCAGCAUCCAGUGGUCCUCGCGCUCUACUGAGUUGGUGAAGUCACGCACAGGCUGCUGUCGGGCGCGCCAGAGCAGCGGUGGUUCUCGCCUCGGGGAUGGUGCCCUCUGCUUCGGUGUUCAAGUCGGGUUUUCAACCUCAGGACAACAAACUUCCGAUGGAAAGUGUCCUUCCCGACGCGGAGCAGCUCCUGCUGUUCCUCAGGAAACUCAAAGAGGUGUUCGACUUGUGCGACGAGGAUUCGGAUGGUUAUAUUCGAGUGGAGCAUUUCGUAAACCUCGGUUCACAGUUCGGCCAAGGAGACGAGGUGAAGAAGUUGGCCAAAUGCUUGGACCCCAAUACUCAGGGCAGAAUCAACUUCAAGGACUUCUGCCAUGGAGUGCUGGCUAUCAAAGGCUGUGAGGGGGUCCUGAAGACCACACUGGGAGCUCGCAGUAUCACACAGCGUCCCUAUGAGACCGACAACGGUUACUACUACCAGGUACAUAAUGUGUGUGUGUGUGCCCUUUUGCCAGGCCAGCCUCUAUAGUUGUACACCCCUCUUUUCAUUACCAAGUCAAAGUCAUGUGAAACCCUCAAACUAUAUUGUUUUCUUGUAACAUGGGAGCUUUGACUUUCUAAGCCCUUCAUCCGAAAUCAGACCCAUAAUGUGGUUACAUUUUUACACUGUCUUUUCUCUCCCUGCACGGUAAACCUAAAUUAAUGUCAGCAUGUGAAUCUGGACAUAAACUCUAGCCAGAGUCAAGGCAAACUCCCACACAAUG